ACCCAGUAUAUAAAGUGCAAACAGCCGCGAUGAUUGGCAUUCAUUGUUUGCACAAGGGAAGCUAAAGCUCGCUAAAGGCCGCGAGGCAAAUCAACAAUCACCAACAACAACAACAACAAUACACGUCCAAAAGGACCUCAAUCAACACACUUCAAUCAAAUGUGUUGUUUUCGCUUUUUCGUUUGAUUCUGUGAUCAGCUGAAUUGUGUUAAAAAUUAGCAGUAUUUGUAACUGUCAAAGUUGUUAAGCGUUUUAGCUAUACAAAUGUGCUCGAAGAAAAAAAGGGGCACAGAUAAAUAAAUCAAACAACAACAAUAAAUAACAAAUUCGCUGGCAAAUAAACAAACGCCGCAAAAACAGAACCAACCAGAAUACUAUAGAAACGCGCGCGCCAAAAAGCAAUAAUUAAUUAAUAAAUUUUUGUUGAAAACAAAAAAAAAAUCUCUAGGUAUUUUCCUUUUGAUUUCAAAAUUUUCUCACGCAUCACACAAAGAACUAAAAGUUCUAAAUAAAGUAAAUAACUAAAAAAAAAAUCAAUAUGGAGGUGCAAAAUAUGCGAGAGCAGCCGAUGCUGCAAAGCAAUCAUCGAAUCCUUGACUCCAGAUGUGCGCUGAACGAUUUAUAUCCGAUCGCCCGUUUGACUCAGAAAUUGGACGUGCUCAAUAUGUCGUCUACAACAACAACAACAACAACAGCGGAUACGGAAUGCCCGUAUACCAUUGAACUGGUGCAGCCGGAGGACACUGAGGCAAUUCUAACCAUGCUAAAGACUUUCUUUUUUAAGGAUGAACCGAUGAAUAAAUUUCUUGAACUCGGUGAGUGCUAUCAACUGGAACAGUUCUCAGUGAAACCACUCAAGGACAAUUGCUCAUAUAAAGCGGUCAACCGCAAUGGCGAAAUCAUUGGCGUCUUCAUCAAUGGACUUAUGCGACGACCAUCGCCAACUGAUGAGCCCGCUAAGAAGGCGGCCGAUGACUGCGAACAUCCCAAAUUCAAAAAGAUACUCGGUCUUAUGGAUCACAUAGAGGAGCAGUUCGACAUAUUCGAUUUGUAUCCCAAUGAGAAUGUCAUACUCGAUGGCAAAAUCCUCUCCGUGAAUAGCAAUUAUCGUGGUCUGGGCAUUGCGGGCCGUUUAACGGAACGAGCCUACGAGUAUAUGCGUGAGAAUCAGAUAAACGUUUACCACGUCCUCUGUAGCAGUCAUUACUCGGCGCGAGUCAUGGAGAAGCUGGGCUUCCACGAGGUCUACCAGCUUAAGUAUGCGGACUAUAAGCCGGAUGGUGUUGUUGUCUUCAAGCCAGCCGAGCCACAUGUGCGCGUUUCCAUGCUGGUAAAGGAGGUGGUCAACACUAAACCAAAGUCUUUAUUGUAAAUGCUGUAAACUCUCCGAGCAAUUAUGCAUUUUAUUGAAAAUAUGUGAUUUUUAUGUUUGUAGAAUCGGUGGCGGGUUAUAUAUAUGUACAAAUAUAUAUAUAUAUAUAUAUAUAUAUAUAUAUAUAUAUAUAUAUAUAUAUAUAUAUAUACUUAUACGUUUGCGUAUCGUGCGUUCAUUUCAUUCUUGAUGUGCUUUCAAUUAAUCUAGUAGCAAAAUAUUAGAAAAAGAAAAAAAGUACAAUUUAUAUAAAUAUUUAUGUAAUUAGGUUCGCAUGACGCGACAUUAUUUUAAGUGUUCCAAUUUGCUCAAAGAAAAAAUAAAUAGUUUAAAAAAUACAAAUUAAA